AUGGGGUCCAUGGAGAGAGGAGCCAAGACGGGAUCGGGAGGCAUCGCUUCCGAGUCGCAGGCCAAUGCCGACCGAAGGGAGCGGCAGAGGCGGUUGGCGAUGGAAGUCAUCGAUCUGGCCAAGGAUCCCUACUUCAUGAAGAACCAUCUGGGCCAGUACGAGUGCCGCCUCUGCCUGACUCUCCACUUGACCGAGGGCAACUACCUGGCCCACACCCAGGGCAAGCGGCAUCAGGACAACCUGGGCCGGCGUGCCGCUCGCGAGGCCAAGAUGGCCGAAGGCGGGCCGCUCGGUGCUGCGGGCGUGCAGCCGGCCAUCCAGAAGAAGGUGAUGCCGCGCAGGACGAUCAAGAUCGGUCGGCCAGGGUACAAGGUCACGAAGCAGAUCGACCCCACGUCGGGCCAGAAGAGCCUCACCUUCGAGAUCAAGUACCCCGACAUCGGCGAGGGCAUCCAGCCGCGCCACCGGUUCAUGUCGUCCUUCGAGCAGAAGGUGGAGACGCCCGACCGCAACUUCCAGUACCUCCUGUUCGCGGCCGAGCCCUACGAGACCAUCGCCUUCAAGAUCCCCAACUGGGAGAUCGAGCGUGGUGGCGGUGGCGAGGAGUCCAAGUUCUACACCAACUGGGACAGAGACUCACUCACGUUCACGGUCCAAUUCUCGUUCCACAACAACGUGUCAACGGCGUAG